GCCAGCCAGCCCGCCUGUUCCCACAGCCGCUGAGCAGAGCGUGCUGCCAUGGCGCUGGCCAGGCCUGGGACCCCAGCCCCCAGGCCCCCUGCCUUUCUCCUGCUUCUGCCACUGCUCUGGGCCCCUGCCCUCACCAUCCUGGCAGGACCGGUGCCUUUGGAGACCCAGAGUGCCUGUGCCUCAGACCCGUGCUCUCCAGAGACUGAGUGCCAGGCCUUGGAGAACGGUGGCUACACCUGUGGGCCCACAGAGUCCCAGGGCUGUGACACCCAGCCAUGCCACCAUGGCGCUCUCUGUGUGCCCCAGGGUCCAGAUCCCCACAGCUUCCGCUGCUACUGCGUACCAGGGUUCCAGGGUCCACGCUGUGAGCUGGACAUCAAUGAGUGUGCAUCGCGGCCCUGCCACCACGGCGCCACCUGCCACAAUCUGGCAGAUCGCUAUGAGUGCCAGUGCCCACUCGGCUAUGCAGGUGUGACCUGCGAGGCGGAGGUGGACGAGUGUGCCUCGGCGCCCUGCCUGCACGGGGGCUCGUGCCUGGACGGCGUGGGCUCCUACCGCUGCGUGUGCGCGCUGGGCUACGGGGGCGCCCGCUGCCAGCUGGACGUGGACGAGUGCCAGAGCCAACCGUGUGCGCAUGGGGGCGUGUGCCACGACAUGGUCAACGGGUUCCGGUGCGACUGCGCGGACACGGGCUACGAGGGUGCGCGCUGCGAGCAGGAGGUGCUGGAGUGCGCGUCGGCUCCCUGCGCGCAUAACGCGUCCUGCCGCGAGGGCCUCGGGAGCUUCCGCUGUCUCUGCUGGCCAGGCUACAGCGGCGAGCGGUGUGAGGUGGACGAGGACGAGUGUGCAGCGGUCCCCUGCCAGCAUGGGGGCCAGUGCCUGCAGCGCUCUGACCCUGCCCUCUACGGGGGUGUUCAGGCCCCUUUCCCUGGCACCUUCAGCUUCCGCCAUGCUGCUGGCUUCCUGUGCCGCUGCCCUCCGGGCUUUGAGGGGGAAGACUGUGGCGUGGACGUGGACGAGUGUACCUCAUGGCCAUGCCUCAACGGAGGCCGCUGCCAGGACCUGCCCAAUGGCUUCCAGUGCCACUGUCCUGAUGGCUACACAGGCCUGGCAUGUCAGGAAAACGUGGAUGAAUGCCUGUCGGAGCCCUGCCUCCAUGGUGGGACCUGCAAUGACACCGUGGUGGGCUACAUCUGCCAGUGCCCUGAGGUCUGGGGUGGGCAUGACUGUUCUGUGCAGCUCACUGGCUGCCAGGCCCACACUUGCCCACUAGCUGCCACCUGCAUCCCCACCUUCGAGUCUGGGGUCCACAGUUAUGCCUGUCAAUGCCCACCCGGAACACAUGGACCUUUUUGUGGUCAGAAUACCACCUUCUUUGUGGGGGCUGGGAGUCCUGUGCAGGUGUUGGUGCCAGCUGGUGGCCCCCUGGGUCUGGCACUGAGGUUUCGCACCACACUACCUGCUGGGGCCUUGGCCACUCGCACUGAUACCCAGGACAGCUUGGAGCUGGCAUUGGUGGGGGCCACGCUUCAGGCUACACUCUGGAGGCAUGGCAACACAGUGCUCGUCCUGAGGCUGCCAGGCAUGGCCCUAAAUGAUGGCCACUGGCACCAAGUGGAAGUGAUGCUGCACCUAGGGGUCCUGGAGCUGCGGCUCUGGCAUGAGGACUGCCCUGCCUGGCUCUGUGUGGCCUCCAGUCCUGUGGCCCCAGCUCCUACGGCUUCUGCGGCCCCGAUGCCUGCCGGGUUCUGCUCCACCCAGCUGGGUGGCACGGCCUUUGCAGGCUGCCUCCAGGAUGUGCAUGUAGAUGGGCACCUCCUGCUGCCUGAGGAUCUUGGCAAGAAUGUUCUCCUGGGCUGUGAGCGCCAUGAGCAAUGUCAGCCUUCACCUUGUGCCCACGGAGGGGCCUGCCUGGACCUAUGGACUCACUUCCACUGUGACUGCCCCCGGCCCUAUAGUGGUCCCACAUGUGCUGACGAGGUUCCUGCUGCCACCUUUGGCUUGGGGGGCACCCUGAGCUCUGCCUCCUUCCUGCUCAACCAGUUACCAGGCCCCAACCUCACUGUGUCCUUCCUCCUUCGCACUCGGGAACCUGCUGGCCUGCUGCUCCAACUUGCCAAUGACUCAGUAGCUGGCCUGACAGUGUUCCUGAGUGAAGGCCAGAUCCAGGCUGAGGUGCUGGGCAGUCCUGCUCUGAUGCUCCCUGGACGCUGGGAUGAUGGGCUCCGCCACCUGGUGACGCUCAGCUUUGGGCCUGACCAGCUUCAGGACUUGGGGCAGCAGGUGCACGUGGGUGGAAGACUUCUCCCUGCUGAUGCCCAGCCCUGGGGUGGGCCCUUCCGAGGCUGCCUCCAGGACCUGCAGCUCAAUGGCCUCCACCUCCCCUUCUUUCCACUGCCACUGGGGAACUUGAGCCAGCCCAGUGAGCUGGGUAGCAGGCAGUCCUGGAACCUCACCAUGGGCUGUGUCUCUGAGGACAUGUGCAGUCCUGACCCCUGUCUCAAUGGUGGAACUUGCCUCGUCACCUGGAAUGACUUCCACUGUACCUGCCCUGCCAACUUCACGGGACCCACGUGUGCACAGCAGCUGUGGUGUCCUGGCCAGCCCUGCCUCCCACCUGCCACCUGCGAGGAGGUUCCUGAUGGCUUUGUCUGUGUGGCUGAAGCCACGUUCCGAGAGGGUCCCCCUGCCGCUUUCAGCGGGCACAACGCGUCGGCCGGGCGCUCGCUCAGCGACCUCUCGCUGGCCUUCCGCACGCGCGACCCCGAGGCCGGGCUACUGCGCGCCGUCGCGGGCGUACAAGCUGCGGUCUGGCUGGCCGUGCGCAACGGCUCGCUGACAGCCGGCGUGCGCAGCGGCCGCGGCCAGCCAGGGGCAGUGCUGCCGGCGUCCGGGCCGCGCGUAGCCGACGGCGCUUGGCACCGCGUGCGCCUGGCCAUGGAGCGCCCGGAGGCCGGCACGUCGCGUUGGCUGCUGUGGCUGGAUGGCGCGGCAUCGCCCGUGGCCCUGCGCGGCCUGGCCGGAGACUUGGGCUUCCUGUGCGGUCCCGGCGCUGCGCGGGUGCUGCUGGCCGAGAACUUCACAGGCUGCCUGGGCCGCGUGGCGCUCGGCAGACUCCCGCUGCCCCUGGCGCGCCCACGUCCCGGCGCAGCCCCCGGCUCCAGAGAGCACUUCUCGGCCUGGCCCGGGACCCCGGCCCCGCGCCCAGGCUGCCACGGCACGCCCGUGUGUGUCCCCUCGCCCUGCUUGCACGGCGGCGCCUGCCGCGAUCUCUUUGACGCCUUCGCCUGCGCCUGCGGCCCGGGCUGGGAAGGCCCACUCUGCGAGGCCCGUGCCGACCCGUGCCGCUCGGCGCCCUGCGCCCGUGGCCGCUGCCACGGACGCCCUGAUGGACGCUUCGAGUGCCGCUGCCCGUCUGGCUUCGCGGGCCCGCGCUGCAGGUUGCCUGUCCUGCCAGAGGAAUGCAGCCUGAACCUCACCUGCCUCAACGGCAGCCCAUGUGAGCAGGGGCCCUUGGGGGCCAACUGCAGCUGCCCAGAGGUCUAUGCAGGCCAGAGGUGUCAGAUGCCCUGUGGUGCCAACCCCUGCUUGAACGGGGGCACCUGCCGUACAGCUGGGGGUGCGUAUGAAUGCAUCUGCAGUGCAAGGUUCUCAGGCCAGUUCUGCGAAGUGGUGAAGGGCCUGACGCUGCCGCCGUUCCCGCUGCUGGAGGUGGCAGUGCCUGCAGCCUGCGCCUGCCUCCUCCUCCUCCUCCUGGGCCUCCUCUCAGGGAUCCUGGCAGCCAGAAAGCGCCGCCAGUCAGAGGGCACCUACAGCCCGAGCCAGCAGGAGGUAGCCGGAGCCCGGCUGGAGAUGGACAGUGUUCUCAAGGUGCCGCCUGAGGAGAGACUCAUCUAGGCCUGCCUGGCUGCUGACUCCGGCACCCACAAGUCUGAAGCAAUUUCUUCGUGGAGACCCAAGGAGGCCACUUCAGGAGCCUGCAGGGAAGUGGCUAACCUCUUCUGGGCCUGGGGAGCUGUUGCAGGGCCCAGGAUACCCACUGGAGAAGUGUCCGCUUUGCUGGCAGUCCCUACCUCUGCCCCACCGUGGACUGAGGAAAGGGGGAGCACAACUCAGGGAAGCAGAAAGGGGCCUGGUGAAGUUGUGGACAUCUCCACUGGACCUGCAGGGUCUUUCUUGGGCAGGUGUACAGCUAUGCAGGGGGCUGCACAUGGGUGCACAGGUGUGUGUGUGUUUAUCUGCUGACCUGCAGAUCCCUGUGUGUAUGUUCUGGAUGGGGCACAUAUGUCCAUGCCUUUGCUGUGUGUGUGUGUGUGAUGUCAUGGGUGCGAUCGAUCCCAUGGAAGGGUGGCUGGGCUGUGAGGACAACAUUUACAGCCCUGGGACAGAGGCAGCUUAAGGUCACGUUCUCCAAGCCAGGCCAGGGCUUGCCCAAGACCACUGCCCCAGCUCCUGCCUCUCCUCCCCUGGCAGGCUGCUCUGCCCUGGAGGCAGCUGGAAAAUGGGGGUGAGGGAGCAUCUGCCAGAGGCCAUGUGGACUCCUGGCCCCCCAGAGCAACUGCUCCUUCGGGCAGAUCCAUCUCUGCCCUGUGCCAGAGCCAGGCGCCUGGGACAGAUCCCAACAGGCAGACUGGCAGGAGCGGAGUGCAGUCUGCCUCCAGCUGCCCCACCUUGCCGUGGGGGACGAUGGGCUCUGGGCAGCCUCCCUCCUCGAGCCUGUCGUUUGCAGAAUGGGAGGGGCAGCCCCUGCCUACCCCACAGGGCUGCGGUGAGGAGGGUGGGGUAAGCACUCCAGAACUGGCUGAGGCUCGGUCUGCCGUGAAGGGCUGUCUGGUCAUCCUGUCAGGUGUCAUGAAGGUUGGCCUCCCUGGCCAGAGCUGAGGCCAAGAGCGGGGGCGGUAAGCCUAGAGGGCAAUAGGAUGCAGGACAACCCUCCCACCCCCGACCCCGACGCUCCCGAGCACCUCUGGUUCUCCAGCGCCAGUGUGCUCCUCUCGUAGCUGCCUGGUCGGGCCACUCCUUCACCUACAGACCAGUUCGCCUCUCUAUAUGGCUGUGCUCUUGGGGGGAUUUGGGAAGAGGACUCACAGGAAGC